AAGAGUUGUUGUGUAUUGAACUGUACCAACAGUAAGUCGUAAAAACUUGAACUUCCCUUCUAUUUGAUACCCAAUCAGGCAACCAAAAAGGAAAGAAGCCAAGGCCAGCCAGGUGCACCAACAAGAAGAAAAAUCAUUGACAAAAUACCCUAACGAAUGGGCCUUAAGGCCUGGCACGGAUCUAUAAAUCCAAGUACUAUGAAUCGAUUGAAAGGAGAGAAUAGUGUUGUGACUGAAAGCUAUCAACCACAGAACACGAGAAGCAAGAGGAAAGCUGUGAGAACCAAUGUCUGACUACAAAACUUAUCUGCUUUGGAAAGUGCUUGAAAUCAGAAGAAACUUUAGAAUCUUGUGGACUGAAGCAUGGGAUGACUGUGUAUAUUCUGCCCAAGCAGCAUCCAGAUCCCGAAAAAUCACAUGAAGAGCUGAGUCAAAAGGAGAUAAGAAGUAGAGUUAGCACUCUGAAGUCAGCACUGGGGAAUUUGGUACUGAAAAACAUGCUGCGCCAACUGAGUAAGCCAGAAGUGAUUGAAAACAUUGUUGUUACUAAUCCUGGACUGGCAGAUGAUCCUGUAGCAAUUGCAAUAUUGCAAGAUCCAGACAUGUUGGUACAACUAUCAUUUCCAGAUAAUAUUAAAAAACUAGUUGAGAAUCACCCAUCUCUCCCUGAAGCUGUUGCUCAAGUUGCUGCAGCUUUUCAAGAAGACAAUGCUUCUGGUCAGAUGGCCAUGGAUACCUUACAGUCAGCUGUGUCAUAUUCUUUGGAUGCUUUGAGUGAUGAUGAAGAUAUGGAGAAUGACCAUGAUAGAUUUAAUGAGGCUGCAAAUUUCCUCACUGGACGAGGAUUGUCUGGACUUGGACAGGUGCCUAUAACCUCAAAUGACCUUGCUAGUGCCUUAGCUACAUUAGCAAGUACACCAAGUAGACAAGGUGAUGUAGGAUAUGGAUCUCAGCCUUCUACAUCCACAUCAACACCAAGGCAAGGCACACCAUCAACUUCACAAGGGGUCAUCACACCAGAAAUGUUUAAUCACGCCAUGCAACAGGCACUUGGAGUAGUAAGACAUACAACUAAUAUGGAGUCUCAGUUGCAGCAGCUGAGAGACAUGGGAAUCUCAGAUGAUAGUAUAAGCUUAAGGGCUCUUCAUACUACUGGAGGAGAUGUCCAAGCUGCUCUGGAGCUCAUCUUUGGUGACCUUGGUGAAGGAGGAAGUCAGAAUUCAGUUUAAAGAACUUGGGAAUCGUGGAUCAUAUCGUGGUAACUUUGAAGAAGGAAAACAGACGUGAGCGAUUGGUGAACCAAUUCAUCAUAAUCUUGUAACAUUUUAUUUAUGUUUUCCUAUUUGAAACUAUUGUUUUAUAGAGAACAAUAAAAUGAAAACACUUCUUUAUUUUGCUUUUGUAUGAUGGUAGUAAUUCAUUGUUCAUAUUCUUUUUUUUUUUUUUCAAUUAGCAGCUAAAAAAUUUAAUUCCCAAGAAAUAACCAUACGAAAUUUUGCUUCUCAGUUUUCUGGUAUCUUUUAAUAUAAACAAUCAAGUAAUUAAGUUAUGAGAAUGACUACAAAAAGUUAAAACAUUUAUUUAAUAGUAAGACAAAAAAUAACACUGAUGCUGGAGAAUUAUUUUUUGCUUUUUGUUUUUCAUGAUUAAUAGUGACUGACAACAAUGUAUUCAAUGUUUUGUAUUUUGUUAAGAUUUUUAAAGUAAGAAAAAUAAAUUGAUCAAAAGAAAAAACUGCUUAAAGAAAACAAAUACCCAUUAAGGUAUGACAGACAUCAUUGAUUAAUGUCAUUAUUCGCCUUUUUCAUUAAUUAUUUCACAUCAAGAGUAUACUACUAGAGUUUUUGUCAGAGAUAAAUGCACACUGAAAUCUAAAUUGAUGAACUUGUAUUGAUAUAUGUAUGUAUGUAUGCUGCUAUUGUUUGGGAAGAUGGUGAUGAAUAGCAUAAAGUUUUCACAAUUUCCUUAUUUUUCAGUAAUUUCUGAAAUACGAAUAUCUAUUCAUGAGCUUAAUUUGAUGAACACAGAAUGUAGAAGUCAGUUUACUGUGGUGUUUAUGAAUUAAAAUGUCUUAUGUUAUCCUCAAUUAACUAUCCCCAAACAACAUUAAGUCAUGCUCGAUUCAGAAAAAGUAAGCACUUUAUGUUUAGUAUUUCAUUCAUGAAAUUGAAAGUAGUGUUACCAACACAUCUUAGGUUUAAAAUCGAAUAUUAUCUCAAAAUACCUUGAAAGAGAGAUACUUACCUGAUAAAUUUUGUUUAUAAUCUGUCUGAUAGUUUUGUGAUAGAUAUCACAAGUUUUGCACGUGUUUCUGUUUUUGUACAAAUUUUUUAAUUUGACUGUUGUAACAUUUUGUGUUUUGCCCUUCCUUCAUAAUGAAAUCCUUGUAUAUUUAAAAUUUUGUAGUUAUUAAGCCACCAAGUCUGAGAUUAACUUUCAAAAUAUGUGAAGUACCUUUGCAAAUAAAAUAAAUCUUGGAAAUGAAUGUGGAAUCUAUGGCGGAAAACAUGUAUCUUAAUUUUAUUUUUCAAAAACAUUACUAUUUCCUUAGCUAAUAUUAAAAUACCAUGAAAUUUGAGACCUUAUAAUAAAAAAUAUUAUCUCUGGAACUGUUUAGUAUGAAUUAAGGUUAUAUGAUGAACAAACAGAAGUGAAACGAGUAGCGGUUGCCUAAAUUAGUAUUGCUUAUAGAGAGGUUCUCGGAGGAUUGAAGACGAAACACUGAAGGCUUUUGAAAUAUUGUCCUUCCUACCUUCGUUGUUUCACCUUUAUUUGCUCAUCGUGAAUACUCUAUUUAACUCGUCUAUAAAAGAAACUUUUGUGGUGUUGAUGUUAUACCAUGUAGUUUAUUAUAAGUUAGUAAGCUUUGUGUUGUAUGUCCCAAGGAACUAAAUAAAUUUUAUUUAAUACAA